AUGCCAAAGCCCCAGAAAUUCCACGAACACAACCACUUUCCCCUCCAAGCCACCGCGGACGUUGCAAUGGAGAAGUUCUCCCAGUUUCGGGAUCGAGGCUCGGGCAUCGCGCCCUUCCUCCCCAUUCCAGCCGAACCACUGGGUUUCCAAGCACCCCUCCGACUGUUCCUCUUCUGCUUUCGGCUUCCAAUCUUCAUUUUCGUGACUGUGUCAUAUUUCUUGGUUCUCCAAUGGCUUCCUAUCGGAUCUCUGGGCAAGAAAGCAGCUUUGUGGUGUAUAUUGGGUGUUCCUAGUAUCUGGUGGAUUGACCUGCAAGUUGACGGAGUGAAGAAAGGAUCCCUUUCCAAGCAACAACAGGCCCGUCUACCGCAACCCGGCUCCAUCAUCGCGUCCUCAUUCACCUCUCCAAUCGACGCGGUUUACUUGGCCGCUAUCUUCGAUCCAAUCUUUACAGCAUCUUACCCCAACACGCGACAGGUCGAGCACAUCUCUCUGCUCCAGGCCAUUCUACGCGCAUUCGCGCAGCCAGUGACCAACCCCGAACCCAGUACAAAGCUAGUCGAUGUGUCUACUUUGGUGGAGACAUACCCCUACCGACCCAUCGUCAUCUUCCCGGAAUGCACCACCACCAACAGCCGGGGCAUUCUACCCCUGAGCCGCUCGCUGCUGGGCGUCCCAUCCAAGACCAAAAUCUUCCCCCUCAGCCUCAAGUACACACCCGUUGACGUGGUCACCCCACUGCCGGGUAGCUACACCAGUUUCCUGUGGACGCUACUGAGUCGACCCACGCAUUGUAUCAGGGUGCGCAUCGCAGAAUGCAUCAUGAUUGGACGGAGUUCGUUUGAUGCACCACCGGCACGAUCAACCCGAAAGUCCACCUUCAACACCAACUAUCUCGACACCCUGGACGAGGAUACUGCGACUGGGGAAGUCACCGCCAGCGAGAAGGCGCUGCUUGAUCAAGUUGGUGAGUCUUUGGCUCGCCUGGGCCGGGUUAAACGCGUUGGAUUGGGUGUGGAGGAGAAGCAAGAGUUCGUGCGGAUGUGGAAUAAGACGCGGCGGACCUGGUGA